GUUGCACAAGCGCAGUCGCGUUCAAGCCAGCGCCCGGGCCUUCGGGCCCGAGGCGUCGCGUCGGUGUCGCGCAGUCUUCUCUGAGACAGUCGCGGGCUGUGGAGGCCGCGACGACGGCAGCGGCGGCGGCGGCGGCGGCGGCGGCGGCGGCGGCGGCGGCGGCUACGGCUACCUAAUGGUCCUGAUGUAGCCGUACCUUCUCGCAAGGCUGUGCUGAGGAAGAAAUGUCGCCGCCGCCGCCGCCGCCACCAACUACCUGGCGCCAGCUUAGCUUCAGCUUGUUGCUAGGCUUCUUCUGUAUCGCCCUGGUGUCCGCAGCGCAAGGCAACUCUGCUACAGAUGCUCUGAAUAUCCUUCUGAUCAUCGUGGAUGAUCUCCGCCCCUCCCUGGGCUGUUAUGGAGAUAAGCUAGUGAGGUCCCCAAACAUUGACCAACUGGCAUCCCAUAGCAUUGUCUUUGAGAAUGCCUUUGCUCAGCAAGCAGUGUGUGCACCAAGUCGAGUUUCCUUCCUCACCGGGAGGAGGCCUGACACCACCCGCCUGUAUGACUUCAAUUCCUACUGGAGGGUACACUCUGGAAAUUUUUCCACCAUCCCCCAAUACUUCAAGGAGAAUGGCUACGUGACCAUGUCGGUUGGGAAAGUCUUUCACCCUGGUAUAUCUUCCAAUCACAGUGAUGAUUAUCCAUAUAGUUGGUCUUUUCCACCUUAUCAUCCAUCCUCCGAGAAGUAUGAAAACACUAAGACAUGUAAGGGACAAGAUGGAAAACUCCACACCAACCUGCUUUGUCCUGUGGAUGUGGCAGAUGUGCCUGAGGGUACCUUGCCUGACAAACAGAGCACAGAGGAAGCCAUUCGAUUGUUGGAAAAGAUGAAAACGUCAGUCAGUCCUUUCUUCCUGGCGGUCGGGUAUCACAAGCCACACAUCCCCUUCAGAUACCCUAAGGAAUUUCAGAAGUUGUAUCCCCUGGAAAACAUGACCCUGGCUCCUGAUCCCCAUGUUCCUGAUAGCCUACCACCUGUAGCCUACAACCCGUGGAUGGACAUCAGGGAGCGGGAAGAUGUCCAAGCCUUAAACAUCAGUGUUCCCUAUGGACCAAUUCCUGUGGAUUUUCAGUACAGUUGUUCCAUGUGCACUAUCCUAAUCAUGAGGCAGUCCAGCGGUGAGAACUGCUGGAGACAACCUCUGUUGCUGCUAAGCAGAGGUUCUCAGCUGCCCAGUGGAGUUCUUUGCUUGUUUGGUGAGCGGAAAAUCCGCCAGAGCUACUUUGCUUCUGUGUCCUAUUUGGAUACACAGGUCGGGCAUCUUUUGAGUGCUUUGGAUGAUCUCCGUCUGGCCCACAACACAAUUAUUGCUUUCAUGUCUGAUCAUGGAUGGGCCCUAGGUGAACACGGAGAAUGGGCCAAAUACAGCAACUUUGAUGUCACUACCCGUGUACCACUGAUGUUUUAUGUUCCUGGAAAGACAGCCCUCCUUCCUGCAGCAGGAGAGAAGCUCUUUCCUUACCAGGACCCUUUUGAUCCCGCUUCAGAAUUGAUGGGUGCAGGCAGGCGCACUGAGGACCUCGUAGAACUUGUGUCUCUCUUCCCCACGCUCGCUGGACUUGCAGGAAUGCCAGUUCCUCCUUGGUGCCCCAUCCCUUCUUUUCAUGUUGAGCUGUGCAGAGAAGGCCAUAAUCUCCAGAGGUAUUUGCAGCUCCAUGACUUGGAAGAGGAUCCAUACUUGUUUGGUAAUCCCCGGGAGUUGAUUGCCUACAGCCAGUAUCCCCGGCCUGCAGAUUUCCCUCAGUGGAAUUCUGACAAGCCAAGCUUAAAAGAUAUAAAGGUCAUGGGAUACUCCAUACGCACCAUAGACUAUAGGUAUACUGUGUGGGUUGGCUUCAGUCCUACUGAGUUUCUGGCUAACUUUUCUGAUAUCCAUGCUGGGGAACUCUAUUUUGUCGAUUCUGACCCACUGCAGGAUCACAAUGUAUAUAAUGACUCCCAACAUGGAGGUCUUCUCCUCUCACUGAGACCUUGAGUUCUGCCAGCCUCAGAGAGCAGAUAUGCGUCCCCUUCCCCGUCUUUAUGGUGAAAGGAGGCAUUAGAGAUGGUAUCUUUUCCUACCCGUUGUAUUAGACAUAACCUGAGUGGGAAACAAUCAAAACAUGAAUCAGCAAUCUGGCCUAUGAGUAGGUGGCAAUGGAUCUUUUCCUAUAGUCCUUAAGUUAGAUUUUGCCAUUGGAUUUGGGCUAAGCUAAAACUUCCAUUUUUAAAAGCUCCCAUAGCUCAUUACUAUACAAGUGCAAAGUGAACUAAAGUAAAAUCAUAUCUUUAUAUCUAAAGACCAUGCUAACCAGACAUAAUACUUUACUCAAGAAAUUGUUUGCUUAUUGAAUUUAAUGCUUUUCAUAUAGUAACCAUAUGUCUUAAGUAGCCCAGUGUGUCAAGCAUGUUAACAUGUGAUUCAUUUCUUUCUCAUAUGUAAAAUUAAAGUUGUUUCUAGAAUUAUUACUUAGUUCCUAAGACUACAGAUUUCAAAAUCAAUGGUAAAAUACCCAUGAGAUGAUCAAUGCAGUGUUUUGUCAUUAAAUAAUGCUUAGUAAAUUAUAGUUAAAGCUAGGAAAUUCAGUUAACUAUUUUGAUAUUCUCUGGCCUAAAUAAUAAUUUAUUAGUAAAUAGUACAACUAUUGAACUCAGAGGCUAUCUGCCAAAAAUUCUAUUAUUCACAAUGAAAAGCAUUUAAAAUGGAAGUAUUACCAUGAUUUGAAUCAUUCAGAAUUGUAUUCAUAUUCCUAUUUAGAGAAUUGCAGAUAUCUAUGUAUCCUGGAGGCAGGAGGUAUUCUACUUUUUGCUAAAGAAAACAUGUUUAUGAAAUGUAAAUUAUCUUGAGGCUUAUGGAAACUUUUCACUAAUAAGGUAUAAGUAAUGUCCAGAAUGUAGUUCUAAAUUCGCAAGUACAAAAGUAAGUAGAAGGGUAUGUAGUGAGGAUAAAGUUAUUUCAUUGCUGUCAUCAAAGAGAAGCCCUUUGUCUAACAUGGUGAGAACUGCUCCAUUACCAGCUGUCCACAGCUUUCUAAAUCAACAUUCUUUGUAUUUGCUUUUGUAUUUAAAUGAGUAAUUUCAAUAAUUUUCUUAAAAAUGCCCGUGUUCAAGGCAAAUGUUUUUAAAACAAAAAUACAACAAAUAGCUAGUUAAAUUAUUGACAUGUAUUAAAUUGUAACCAAAAAGUCAAGGUAUUACUUUGAACAGUGUAAAAUUUCAGAGACAGCGUUGUUUUUCCCAGUUGCCUGUAGAAGACUGGUAGCUGACAAUCCAUUGUUUUCCCCUGAGCAAUUAAGUAGCUGUCUUGGCAACAGCAGUUUGCAUUGCUGGUUUGGGAUUGAUGGUCCCAUUCAUCUCUCCUGAUCCCCAGAUUGGUCUGUUGUCUAGAAACUGACUGUUGCACCGUCUUUUCUUGUUCUUGAUCUUUAUGGCUCUCAUGAUGUCCACUCAGCAUCAGUUUUACAAUUUAGUUUAGAAAUUUCUCACAGCAUGCUUUCAUUUUGUUUAGCUCUGUUUGUUUCUCCUACUUGAUGGUUAGAGGGACAGAUUUUGACACAAGUUUUUAUCUUUUAUCUAUUUAUUAUUUCUGUUUGAUCAUAGUAUAUAUACUUCAUUUUUUUUAAUGUCCCAAAGCACAGUUUUAGUGUUAAACUCACCUGAAUUCUGUUUUCAUUGUAGUUAUAAGGCCAGUGGUGGCCACAUGAUAUAUAUGGCUAUUUAAAUUUAAAUUAGUUGACACAAAAUAACAUUUGAAAAGAUUUCUGGUAUGUUAUAAUUUACACUUAGAACCUUCCCAUCAUAGCAGACUGGACAGAGAUGCCCUGGAUUCGAGCUAGAAGUGUUCACCGUGAUUGGCAGGUUCCUACUGUCGUGUAUUUGCCCACAGUGAGCAAACUCUAUUUGGUUUAGGCAGAGUCGGCCUAGAGUGUGUUGUGGCCAUCAGCUUCUUCCUUCCACUCUCAUCACCAUUGCUUUUGUCCUUCUUUCUUUCCUUCCCAAGAAAUUUACCUCCCUUCCUUUUUCCUCCCCCGUUCCUGAAGGAAUCCAUGUGUCUUCCUAAAAUCCCUCUUGACCCCUGCCCUUUAAGAACACCGUCAGUGCCUACUAAGGGUCUAGCAAGACCUCCGCUGAGCAGUCAGAGUCUUCCCUGGCUCCACAAUGCCCCUUCCCUUGGCUGACUCUCCUUGCCAAUCCUUACCUCCCUGGUCCUUCCAGCCUUUGUCCCUUCUUCUUUGCUCCAACCCCUUCAUUGCCAUUCUUCAUAACCUGGCUCCCUUACCCCCCUGCUUAGAGGCUGAGGCUGUCAGGACUCUCUAGACUGUAUGAGGGGGGAAUUUGAGUACAUCUUAAAAAAUGUGGUAUUUGCUUCACUUUUUAAAAGGCAUUUUUCUCUCAUUAUGAGUUUGAUAUGUUAAUUAUACAACAAUUGGAAAGCAGAAAUGCAUUUAAAGGCAAGAAAAUGUCUGAGUGCUUUAUACUAAGAUUGCCAUAUCUUGUCCUUUUUGGGGUAUGAAUGUUUUACAUUUAUUGAUCCUCUAUGUUUUUUUAUAAUACAACUUCUGCUCUUACUUUCUCUCUAAACAUCAUGUAUGGCUACUAGUGAUUUUUGCAGAUAUUUCAUAUUGCUGGUAAUAUAUGUUAUUGCAUUGAUUUAUUGUAAUUUUCUCAACCUUCUUUCAGUUGUUAGAAAUUUAGGUUAUUUCCAAGUUUUCAGUAUUACGAAUAGUGCUGUGAUCAAUUUUGUGAAUACAGUGUUUUUAUAUAUUUUAAAGUAUUCCCAUACGCUAAUUUCUCAGUACCAAGUCAUCAAAAACAGCUCUGUUUUCUCUUUGCUUGCUAUGAUAGCAUAUUAAACUUAGAAAAGAAACUCAAAAGACCUAUAUUAAAAAACUAUAAUACCAAAAAAGAAACUCUGUAGUCCCAUAAUAAUAAGUGAAAGUUGUAUUCUGUUUUGACGUCUGAUUCUUUGUUGAUUAAUAACAUGAACCAUUAUUCUCUCUGUAUGGUAGUUGUGCAGUUGCAUUUCCAGUUGUGUGACUGUGUGGAAAUGUUAUGAGUCUUAUUACCUUUUAGUGUAAUAAAGUAAAUUUCUUUUUUCCUGUGUGAUAGUUUUUCCUGUAUAUUUGUUCUAAGCACAGAACAACUCCAUUUGCGUUGAAUAAAAAUGAAUAAAUACUCAUUUUCCUUUGAAA